UCACUUACCCGCGACGAGCAGGCCGUUUCACACCCGCACACAUUUUAUGUGAAUGCUGUCAAAGCUCCUCACAAACUGCGUGUUUUCCCGGUUUCCUGAUAGUUUGUGCAAUGGCCUCGAAACGGCGGCCGGGUGAGAGUGAGAAAACAGAGAAGAAGAAAAAGAAGAAGAACUGCGAAGAAACCGCUGAACUUUGUUCGGCUAUAGAAGACGGACAGGUGACGAGAGCUGUGAAGGAGGCAUGGAGCCGGAGGACUCACUACAGCCAGGGGGAUCUGGAGUUGGACUGCCACCCUUUCCCUCACUGCGUCAUCAGGAACUUCCUCGCCAGCGAGACCUUCGUAGAGAACCUGCAGAGUGAACUGCUGGAGCUCAACUUCCACGAGAAGUCAAACGAUCUGUACAAAUUUAAACAGUCAGAUGACCUGGGGAAGAGAACGGAGCCACAUAUUGCGGGACUGAGGUCAGCACUGUUUGGGCGUUUCCGUUCCUGGCUCGGGGACGUGUUGGGGGUCGAUCUGGAGUCCACAGUGGAUAUUUCUUGUGCCAGAUAUGAAUACACAGAUGUUCUUUUGUGUCACGAUGAUGAAUUGGAGGGGAGGCGCGUUGCUUUCAUCUUGUAUCUCGUGCCUCCGUGGCAGAGCAGCGAUGGCGGAACCCUCGAUCUUUACUCAACAGACAGUAAUUUCCAACCACAGAGUAUUGUGAAGUCACUCGUACCCUCUUUGAACACUCUUGUCCUGUUUGAAGUUUCGCCCGUCUCCUUUCACCAAGUGUCCGAGGUUUUGACAGAGGACAAGUGUCGUCUGUCUCUGAGCGGCUGGUUUCACGGACCAUCUUUAGAGCGUCCUCCUCGCCACAUAGAAGCCCCCAUCCCACGGUGCCCACACUUACCGAGAGAUGAAACGUUGCUGCUGGAGUGGGUCAGUCCAGUCUACCUGGACAUAUCCUAUCAAGAGCAGAUUCAGGAGGAGUUUGAGGACAGCUCUGAAAUUCAGCUCAAAGAUUUUCUCAAGGAGGAGAAGUACCUGGAGGUGAGUGAAGCACUGAGACUCACUCAAAUUCAGUGGACUAAGAGAGGUCCGCCCAACAAGAGAUGCCAUGAAGUGGCUUCUCUGGACACCCUACCACAGUGUGUGAGCGCAUGUUGGGAACUGCUUCGUUCAGAGGCUUUCUUCCUGCUUCUCUCUAACUUCACUGGCCUUCGAUUGCACUACCUGUGUGCUGCUGAUGACGACGAUGAGAGUAAAGAUGAAGAGAAAGAGGACGUCCGGGGCGGAGAAGCCACGGGUUCUUCGUCCGAGUCACCAUCAGCGAAUACAAGCAGAGAGAAGGGUGCGUGUCAGAGUGAGUCUGUCUUUUCAGCCACGUGUGUGUGUGUGUGUGUGUUAACCUUUGUUUGGUCCUCAGAACUGAGCACACCUGUGUGUUGUGGUGAACUGCGUCGAUGGUCUCAUGGUGGCUACACUCUGUUGCAUGAUGCAGAGGCGGCACAAGCAGAGUAUGCUUUGGACCUUGUUUUGCCUUUUGGCUGUAAGGACUGGCAGUCAGAGUUUGGGGGCUUCACGUGUUAUGUUGCUAAUGAAGAGGAUGAGGAGCUUCUGACCGUGUAUCCAGAGGACAAUUCCCUUGCCCUCGUCUACAGAGACAAAGAAACCCUCAAAUUUGUCAAACAUGUCAACCACAAAAGUUCCUCUGAUUCUGCUGACAGCCCUGCCUGCAGAACAUUUUAUGAUUUCUCUUUUGUGUACUAUGAAUAAAAAUAUUUAUCUAUCU